GCUGGUUACGAACUCCUAACCGUGUUGAACUUACCUCUGUCGUGGAGACUGUUUGAACACUUUUGUUGAAUUUGUUUGUGAGGUGUUGUUGAGCCACUGGAAAGCUAGGUAGCUAACGUUGACAGAGGAAGAGCGCUAACAAAGGCUAGCUGGUUGGGGAAACGUUAGCGCCGCAUAACCCACCAUUUCUCUCUGGGCACCUCCUGUCCACAGAGAGCACACAGUCAUGCUGGGAAGAGGUUUCCAAGCAGAGAGGCUCAGAGUCAACCUCCGCUUGGUCAUCAACCGACUCAAACUCUUGGAAAAAAAGAAAACGGAGCUCGCCCAGAAGGCAAGGAAGGAGAUCGCUGAUUACCUGUCAUCAGCAAAGGAUGAGCGGGCACGGAUUCGCGUGGAGCACAUCAUCAGAGAGGACUAUCUUGUGGAAGCCAUGGAGAUCCUGGAGCUUUACUGCGACCUUCUGCUGGCACGCUUCGGCCUCAUCCAGUCUAUGAAGGAGCUGGAUCCAGGCUUGCAGGAAGCAGUGUCCACCCUUAUCUGGGCAGCUCCUCGUCUUCAGUCUGAAGUGUCAGAGCUCAAAAUAGUGUCUGACCAGCUCUGUGCAAAAUAUAGUAAGGAGUAUGGCAAGCUGUGCAGGACAAACCAGAUUGGCACAGUCAAUGAUAGGCUGAUGCACAAAUUGAGCGUGGAGGCUCCUCCCAAGAUCUUGGUGGAGCGCUACCUGAUAGAGAUAGCCAAGAAUUACAACGUGCCAUAUGAGCCUGACGCCAUGGUGCGGCCCGAGGUGUGUCCUGGUGAGGAGGCAGACCUGAUCGAUGUGGACACUGACAAUAAGAAGAGUGGAGGAGGAGGAGGUGGUGGUGGAGGGUUCACCGCUCCUGCAACUGCUUAUCCUAUGCCCAUGCCCAUGCCUAUGCCCAUGCCAACACCUUUCAGCUACCCACCUCCCAAAGGAGGAGAGCCCUUUAAUGCCCCUGUCGGGACCUACAACAGCAUGAACAACUUCCAGCCCUCCAUGGGAGGAGGGCAGCCCCCUCAGCUGCCCAGUUGCCCCCCCACCUACGAGUCUAUUGAUGACCUGUCUGAUAAACCCUCUGUUCCUUCCCAGGCAGUAGCUUCUGGCCCUUCAGCUCAGAUCUACGACAACAACGCUCUCCCUGAGCUGCCCUCUGUUCCGGACACUCUCCCCACUUCGUCCUUCGGCGGGAACACUACCACAUCCGAUGACAUCGACUUCGACGACUUGUCAAGGCGGUUUGAAGAGCUGAAGAAGAAGACCUAAUUACAGCAGUCCUGCUCUACACAGUUACAAGCCUGUGUGGUCACCUCCGCAGUCCAGACCAGGAAAUGGAAAAUGUUAAAGGUUCUGAAUCAGAUCUGGAUUGUUCUCUGCCCUUCUCAAAUAGAUGUUAAACUUAAUUUUACCUCAUUCAGGCAAAUGUGACGAGCUCACAAAGGGUGUAAUUGCUCGCUCAACUGAGUGAUCUUCAUCACAGUUUAGAUGAUAGAAAGUACAAAGUGAGCACUUCAUUUUUUUUUUACUGUGCAUCAUACAAAUUAUUACAAGUGGGAUGAUCAGGACUCCUGUCUGUCUCGGACUCAGGCCACUCCACUUUGAACUUUUCCCAUUUGUCUGUGUGGUAUAUUGUUUGGGUCUUAUCUAACCUGACUUAUUACCAGUUUUAGUAGUUACUUUUUCCAGGUGUGGGGAAAAGAUAAACAUGUACAUGACUUGAUUCUGCUUUUCCACAUAUUGAAUUGCCCUCGUCUUAAGCGGUCUCUCACUGAAUGGUGCACCAGACCAGUCAAACCAGCCUGACAGCCCCUGCCAGCUGUGUUAGGAAGUUAGUAUUCACAAUAGAUGACUCUCCAGAUAGUUUCCAAGGUGAGGCUCAAAUACCCACAGAUAAUUUCAGCGAGACUAGAGAACACAUCCACAUAACGUAGGUGCAAGGAAGCCAUAAUUCUUAGUUACGUCCAGUCAUGCAGCUUUGUGGCUGUGGAGAGGAUGUUUUAAAACACUCCCUGCUCACCGAGGUUCUCAGACUUCAAGGUGCAGUCACUGAGUAUCAAACUGUUAAAUAUAAUGUAUAGCACUGUCACAAACCCCAGUGGCAUUUGUAAAAUAUUCACCCUCUUUAUGGUCGAACAUUAUUUCUGUAUUAAUAAAAGAAGCCUUCCUGGAAACGUUCAUGGUGACGCAUGUCAAACCUGUUUUCUGACAUAUCUGCUCAUCUGUUACAGGGGUGGAGGUGCACAGAUGUAAACUGAUAAAAGUAUAUGGAAAUGUGUAAUAUAUUAUGCUACAUAUAGAAUGACAUAGGUAGACCUAUAUACAGGAAUGAUUGCUUUAAAUGUACAGAAAGAUGAUUUGGGUAGUAGGAAGGUGUUCAAUAAUCGAAGAAGUUGUUUUAUACUUACUUAUCUCCCAAUAAAGCUUUUGUGCCCUUUUGAAUGUCAGUUUUACCAUUUACCAAAUACUUGCACUUUCUGUAUUUUUGUUCAAAACCAUAACAUUUGGAUGUAAGACAUGGCCGCAGACAAAACAGAAUUCUCUAAUUUGAUAGAUAUGAUGUAAAUACUGCCCCUCAAAUGCAACAGGUUUGUUUUAUGCAUACUCUGUGUGAGGACGAAGGUCUAGAGUGAUCACGUGCAUGUGUCUCAUGUGGCGUAUUAUCACCUCUGCAUUUGCCUUAGUUAACACUUCUCAUGAGACGCCUUGCCAAUCUGCAUUAGGACUUCAUAUCAUUUAUUUCUUAAGCCUAGGUACAUGUAUUUUACUCGAUUAAGUUAGUCUUGUUCAUCUGUGCUCCCUGAAAGAUGCAUUCAUUUAAGGUUACUGGUUGAGUUGGCAUAUAUGUAUGAGAGGAAAAUGCUCAGUGUGCAUUGGCAGUGGAGAAAGAUAUUUUGAUCGCUUAGGGAGAAAUGAGAGUGUUAUGAUUUGGUUGCUAUAUAGGCCAGAAAAUUGCUGCACCCUCACCCCACCCAACUCUAUUUGCAUGACAGAUGGAUUGUGGCCUUAUCUUGAGUAACAUGACUCAGCAAUCUGGGGAAAGGCAAAUGGUGCAUCUGAGAGCUUUCCUACUAGUCAAUAGACGCAGUACAUCAAUAAGUUAAUGAGAGAGCGGGAAGAAGAACCUGUUUUAUAUGAAAUGUAAAGAGUAACACUAAAGGACUUUGACCUGCUCACUGUUUCAUCUUGAAGGAUGUUUGUUUUCUAUGUUGGACUGUUUGAAAUCUUUCAUGCUAAACCUUGAGCAGACACAAUAUAGUGUCAUCCUGUUGCAAAAAAAAAAAGUAAAUGAGUUUUUUUUUCUCUCUGUCUACUAAAAUUAUGAUUUAAUAAAAGAUUGGAAUUGCGAUACUGGUA